AUACAGCCCAGUGUGCGUGGUGACAGCUGUCCUGAUGAUAUCGAUGAACGUCCCCAGUGGUAAUCACAACCCGCAGAGCAAAUACGGCAAGAAGCACAAAAAGAAGAGCAAGAAGCACCGCAGAGCGGCAGACGUGGACAUCUCCAGCUUGGAGCUGCAGCCUCAGAGUUCCAACAACAUAGACGAAGUUCAUAUCCUCACGCUUCACAGGCAUCCUGCUGCAACCAGGACGCCUUCACCUCCACUGCUUCAUCUUUCUCAAAGUCCUCCUGACCUUCAGCCUGCUGUGCUAUUUUCACCAUCCAUACCCAUACCACUCGUUCCCACCAAUCAGGCAUCGUCCUACUCAGAAACUUCACCCACAUCUGGCUCUCAUCCUGUUACUGCACUUUCCUCCUCCAUACCCAUACCACAAACUAAGCAACCAAUACCAUCCUCAGGAACUCCACCCUCUCCUGAAUUUUAUCCCUCUACUCCUCUUUUCCCAUCCAGACCCAUAUUACAGAUCCCAGUCAAAAGGCUAAAUCCAGUCUCAAAAACUCCACCCAUACCUGAUCUUCAUCCUCCUGCUAUAGUCUCCCCAUCUAUACAUACACCCCAAACCCCAACCAAACAGCUGAAUGAAGCUUCACAAACUCCACCCAUACCUGAUCUUCAUCCUCCUGCUACAGUCUCCCCAUCUAUACCUACAUCCCAAACCCCAACCAAACAGCUGAAUCAAGCCUCAAAAACUCCACCUAUACCUGAUCUUCAUCCUCCUUCUACAGUCUCCCCAUCUACACCUACACCAGAAACCCAAACCAAACAGCUGAAUCAAGUCUCAAAAACUCCACCCAUACCUGAUCUUCAUCCUCCUGCUAUAGUCUCCCCAUCUACACCUACACCCCAAACCCCAACCAAACAGCUGAAUCAAGGUUCCAAAACUCCACCCAUAACUGAUCUUCAUCCUCCUGCUACAGUCUCCCCAUCUACACCUACACCAGAAACCCAAACCAAACAGCUGAAUCAAGUCUCAAAAACUCCACCUAUACCUGAUCUUCAUCCUCCUGCUAUAGUCUCCCCAUCUACACCUACACCCCAAACCCCAACCAAACAGCUGAAUGAAGCUUCACAAACUCCACCCAUACCUGAUCUUCAUCCUCCUUCUGCAGUCUCCCCAUCUAUACCUACAUCCCAAACCCCAACCAAACAGCUGAAUCAAACCUCAAAAACUCCACCCAUACCUGAUCUUCAUCCUCCUGCUAUAGUCUCCCCAUCUACACCUACACCCCAAACCCCAACCAAACAGCUGAAUCAAGGCUCAAAAACUCCACCCAUACCUGACUUUUUUCCUUCCAGUAUGGUCUCUCCAUCUAUACCCACACCACAAAUUUCAGCCGAACAGCUGAAUCAACCUUCAGAAACUCCUCUUUCUCUUGACCUUCAUCCUGCCGCUCCACUUUUUCCAUCCACUCCCACACUACGGGCCACAACCAGACCGCCAACAACCCCAUCGGAAACCCCACCCUCUUUAGACCUUCAGCCCACUGCUCCACUCUGCCCAUCUAUACCUGUACCAAGGAUCCCAAGCAAACAGCCGCCACCUUCAUCAGAAGCUCCACCCACUUCUGAUAGCCCUUCUCUGUGUGUGCUUCCUGAUCAGUUCACUAUCCCUCCCACACCAUCUGUCACCUCAGCCAAAGCCCCCCCAUCACAGGCCCUCAGCCCUCCACCGCCCGAAUACACUCCACCCCCUCCAGAGCUCCUGGGUUCAGAUGAUGAGGAACAGGAAGACCCUACUGAUUACUGCAGAGGUGGGUAUUAUCCAGUGAAGAUAGGAGACCUGUUCAAUGGGCGGUACCAUGUUGUCAGGAAGCUGGGCUGGGGACACUUCUCCACCGUCUGGCUGUGCUGGGACCUCCAGAGGAAGCGAUUCGUGGCCCUCAAGAUCGUGAAAAGCGCUCAGCAUUACACGGAAACAGCUCUGGAUGAGAUCAAACUGCUGAAAUGCGUGCGAGACAGCGACCCCACUGACCCUAAACGAGAGACUAUAGUACAGCUGAUUGAUGACUUCAAGAUAUCUGGCAUUCACGGUGUUCACGUUUGCAUGGUUCUGGAGGUUCUUGGCCACCAGUUACUGAAAUGGAUCAUCAAGUCCAACUACAUGGGCUUGCCCCUGGUCUGCGUGAAGAGCAUACUCCGCCAGGUCCUGCAGGGUUUGGAUUACCUCCACACCAAAUGCAAGAUUAUCCACACAGACAUCAAGCCAGAGAACAUCCUACUAGAAGUAGAUGAGGUGUACGUCCGGAGGCUGGCCGCCGAGGCCACCAUCUGGCAGCAGGCCGGAGCACCACCCCCCUCCGGCUCCUCUGUUAGCACCGCCCCCAGGGAGAAGCAGACAGGCAAGGUCUCUAAGAACAAGAAGAAGAAGCUGAAACGCAAGGAAAAGAAGCAGCAGAAGCUGCUGGAGGAGAGGCUGCUGGACCUUCAGAGGAUGGAGGAGCUGGCCAGCACGUCGCCCCCUUGGGGACGGGGGGUCGCACCGCAGGAGGGCACUGAACCCGACAGACAGGAUACGCAUUUGUCCCCAGGCCCAUUGUGUACAGAGAAUGGGAACGGGAGCAGCUAUGGCAGUGGGCCGGCAGUGGCUCCCAGUAAGGCCAGCCCGGAGUGGCUGUCCUCAGGGGUGGGGGACAUGCGCUUUUCCAGCCCCGGCUCCGGCCUGUCCGGCUCCAUCCUGUCCCGCACCUCAGAGUCGGCCCUCUCCACACUGUCAGGAUACUCCACUGAGAGAGACAGCCAUCGCUCACUGCUCUCCCCACACAUGUUUAGUGCAGCGGAUUUCCUGGUCAAUCCCUUAGAGCCGCAGAACGCGGAUAAGAUCCGCAUCAAGAUAGCUGACCUGGGCAACGCUUGCUGGGUGCACAAACAUUUCACAGAGGACAUCCAGACUCGACAGUACCGUGCACUGGAGGUCUUGAUCGGUGCUGAAUAUGGUCCCCCAGCUGACAUCUGGAGUACCGCCUGUAUGGCGUUUGAGCUGGCCACCGGGGACUACCUGUUCGAACCUCACUCAGGAGAAGAAUACACGCGAGAUGAAGAUCAUAUUGCCCACAUAGUUGAGUUGCUAGGACCCAUUCCACCCCAUUUUGCCCUCUCCGGACGAUAUUCCCGGGAAUACUUCAAUCGCAGAGGCCACCUGCGGCACAUCUCCAGCCUGAAGCCAUGGGGUCUCUUUGAGGUGCUGCUGGAGAAAUACGAGUGGCCCCUGGAGCAGGCGGCCCAGUUCAGUGACUUCCUCCUCACCAUGCUGGACUUCAUCCCCGAGAAGCGGGCCACUGCUGCCCAGUGCCUGCGGCACCCCUGGCUCAGCUCUUAGUCAGUGGACCUCUGCCCUGCCACCUCACAAACAGCAAGGAGCAGACAGGGCCUCAGCCACCUCACAGACGGAGCCUCAGCCACCUCACAGACGGAGAGACGGAGCCUCAGCCACCUCACAGACAGAGCGACGGAGCCUCAGCCACCUCACAGACAGAGCGACGGAGCCUCAGCCACCUCACAGACAGAGCGACGGAGCCUCAGCCACCUCACAGACGGAGAGACGGAGCCUCAGCCACCACACAGACAGAGCGACGGAGCCUCAGCCACCUCACAGACGGAGAGACGGAGCCUCAGCCACCUCACAGACGGAGAGACGGAGCCUCAGCCACCACACAGAGUGACGGAGCCUCAGCCACCUCACAGACAGAGCGACAGAGAGACAGAGCCUCAGCCACCUCACAGACAGAGCGACAGGGCCUCAGCUACCUCACACACAGAUCGAGAGGUAGACGAAGCCUCAGCCUCGUCACUACUGCUACCCACACGCAUACAUAAACACGCACACAGGCAUGACUCAAGGGUUGAUGUUUGCUUCUGAAGUGAAAUUGGUCACAAAAGGAAUGACCUCAAAUUUUUUUCCCCACUCUUUUUUUAAAUCACAACAUUCAGCAGUGUUACAUCCUUUCGCCGUUUUAAGUUUUAAUGAUAGUGCCUUGAUCUUUGUGAGUAAAAUACUUAGUCCAAAACAAAGAAAUGCCUUUACUUUUGAUACGUGUCGCGAGUGACGUGGGGAUGCAUCGCAGUGGCCAUGUGCUGUAUGGAAGCAAAGCUAAGAAAACAACCUGUGUACUUAAUAAACAUUUAAAAAGCAAAGUGUGGUGCGUAAGCUGGGCUCAGGUCCCACUACGGUCAUACAGUAGCAUUAAAGGGCCUUUAUGUAUGUGGUCUCUGAUUGCAGUUCUCUGUUCUGAUAUGAAGCAGGUUAGCCAAAGAAUAAAACUCUUUGAUUUCUUUAAAAAUAAAUGAAUAGAAACUAGCUUGCUCCAGAUUCCUCCAAUGGAAAAAAAAGGAACUAAAUGAUCAAACAUUUAUCUCUUGCCAGGUGUGGGAUAGAAUACAUCAUGGUACGUAACAAUUCCAGUUUCGAGAAACUCAACCCAUCAUUCCCUGAAAGCACAUGGGUCUAAGUUUUCAAUAGAAAAUGAAUGAAUUCUGUUUCUGAGAUAAAUGAAAUAAACCUGCACAGUCCACAUGUAGUCUUGUGCAGCAGAAUAUUAAUUCA